AUGGCACUCCAUGUCCCAGCAGCACUGAAUACUCAUCAGACCUCUUUGAAUGACCAUAAUGAUUAUCCAGAGGGAACUUCCAUUCCACUUGUCGCAGACUCAGAUCAUCCGGCUACAACCAUAGUCGACAAAUCCGGUGUUCACUCCGUAUCCAUAUGGUAUUGCCACUGCCCCGGAGCUCUAAACCCGGAUAUGCAGCUCUUUCAAGCAGGCUUAUUUCCAGCAUCCUUCACCAGACCAAAAACUGCAUUCACAUUCUCCGUGUUGGAUGACUUUCUGCUAGACAACCUGGAAUGUGGUACAUCAGCCAUGAAUUACUACAGUAAGAUCUGGAGGCUAACCUCCAGCAUCUUUCCAUUGAUAGUUCUGGAUCGCUACAGAGAGCUCAUGAGGACUGCCAGACAAUGGUGUCAAUGUAAGCUCUACAAGUGGCAUGGGUUUGCCCAUAAAAACGAUGAGCCUAAGACCGGUGACCUUGCCCUAUUUUUUCCGGCAUGUCCUCAACCGGGGAUAAAUUUGGACUGGUCAACCGGUACGGCCACUCAGCCGGACGACACCCCUUCCUGGCUUUUCACCAGGACUUUGGUCAUGGAUGGUAAUUUUAAAGCCGAGCACCUCCAUCCAGUGAAUCCAUCUGAUGAAGUAUCAUUGAUUGAUGGUCUUGUAUUCAUGGUCAGAGAUGAAAGAUACAAGAGUCAUUUGGCUGUUGCCCAAGACCAUGUCCAAAAGUCAGAUUGUAACAAUCACCACGCAGUCAAUCAAGCCAAUGCCUCCCGACAAAAGCUAGAGGCCACAGGUAUAGGAGGAUGUGCAUGUGCACAGCAUGGAUGUUUUGUCCCACAUUCCAUGGUGGAUUUUCAGAAGGGUGAAAGGCAGAUGAACAUGGACUAUGCCUUGAGUCAAGCACUCAACUACAAUACAGAUGGAAUCUCACGAGCAAUAACGUUCUAUGAUAUAAAUUGUCAGUAUAAUAAGUUUCUCAAGGACCGGAUCGCAUCAAGCAUGUAUCUGACCAUCCCCAUUGGCAUGGAUAUCAUUCCUGGAAUAGCCAGGGGCAUGGGAACUCCUCAUCGCAAGGAGGUAUUGGAUUAUCAGAUGAAUGAUUCAAACUUCAUGAAAAUGAUUCGCAUAACCAAGUUUCUUUGCAGAAAGUUUAAAGAGGCUGUUCAGGGUGCUGCAGAGAGCACACUCUCAUUCCAAAAUCUUAACAAGACAGUUCAGCCUGCCAUGGUCAUUCUUUGGGAAGCAGAGGAGGCUGUUGCUCAGGCAAACAGACUGGAUGAUCCAACAGCCAUGGACAUUUAUGAGGUCCAGUUGGAAAAAGGCAAGUUUGAUGGCAAUGAACAGGAUUCUCCAGUAGACACAGUUCAUAAUUCACUGGAUGAAGAUUAUUCUGAUCUCGAUGACGAUCACAAUCCGGAUCCGGAUCCGGAAACACAUCAUGCCUCCAUCUUUCAACCUGAGCUCACUAUCUUACCUUUGCCUUCCAACCUCAGUAUAGUGAGAUGCAAUGAAUUGGGUCUCACCGAUCUCAUGAAAGAAGAAACUGCCCUUCAUGAAGAUAAAGCUGUUAUAUUCUGGAAUACUAUCCGGUCAGCCAAGUCACAAGCCUCCUCCACCAGGGCAUGGACUCAGGUUCUCUCGGUGGAAAUGGUAGUCAAUCUCAAUGCCAGGAUAUAUUCAAAAUGUUGGUUGCAGCUAGCCAAACUCCCUGAUCAUGACCUCCUGAAGAAAUAUCUUCCGCUAAAGAAAGAACACCUGAAGGCAAACACUGCAGUUGCAGAUCCAAAUGCACGUGGUCAGAGGGACGCUACUCUCGCAUGGUUCUGGUCAAUCAAUGUUCAGGGUGAUACAUCCGGAAAUGACUGGAUGACAGAAUUCUAUAGAGUCAAUUGGCUCCGGACAAAGGCCCUGUGCGAUUGUUGGAAUGAAGAGGUCAUUCUUGUCAAACAUGAAAUGCAGUGGUCUGUCAAUUUCUUUACCUACAAGGCCAAGCAAUGGCUAAGUCUCAUGGACAAUGCCACUUACACUGGGCUAACCAGACAUGCGUGUUAUGCUGCCCGACAAUGUCACAUAUAUCAACAACUAGCUGCACAUGCAGCGGAGUCUUUUCAGAAAGUGAUUCCGGUCAUUCAGCCGGAAGUACCGGUUGUUAGAUAG